AGCUCCAGCACCAACACACGAAAUGGAUAGAGAGACGUUGCUUAAAGCAUUGGCGGGAACGUUGGAUGCCUCAAACUAUCAACUUAGGAAGGAGAGUGAGCAGCAGUUACGGUUCUUUGAGCAACAGCCGGGAUUCACCGCGUAUUUGCUUGACUUGUGCAUGGAACCUGAGGUUCCCCAAGGUGUCCAAAUCAGUGCUACCGUUCUAUUCAAAAACAGAAUCAGCAGUUAUUGGGUAUCAAGUACUGAGAGACUGGAGACUUUUUCCAUCAAGGAUGACGAAAAACCCAUUAUCAAAACCAAGUUGAUUGAAACUUUGGUCAAGACCAUUAAGAACAGCAGAAUCAGAUCCCAAUUGGCACUUGCAAUUCAUAGUAUUGUAAACGCUGAGAAAUGGGAUAACUUGAACGAAAUCAUCAAAACGUUGUUGUCUUCUGGGGAGGUUGACCAAAUCAACGCCGGGUUGAUUUGUUUGUAUCAAUACACCAGAGCUUAUAGAUGGUCCCAUCUCGAAUCUUCAAAUCCUAUUUUGGACGACAUCACCACUGAGUUAUUCCCUACGCUUGAAGUCUUGAUGGACAACUUGUUGGCCAAUGACUCGGCUGUCAGUGAUGAAAUGAUGUAUUUGGUCGUCAAAAUUUUCAAGUUUUCCACUUACUCGGUGUUGCCUACCUACAUUCAAGACCAGAAUAACUUGGGUAAAUGGUGUAGAUUUCAGAUAAUGUUGAUCAACAAGCCAUUGCCCGACUCUGUGAUGCAGGAAGAAGUGUUGGAGGAAAGAGCUUCGAUUCCAAGAAUUAAGGCUGUCAAAUGGUGCUUCGGUAAUCUUCACAGAUUGUUGAGUCGUCAUGGUGGUGGGUUUAGUACUAGAAACAAAGAAGAUAACCAAUUUGCCAAGUUCUUCUUAUCGACUUUUGUCCCCGAAAUCUUGAAGGUUUACUGGAACAUCAUCGAAAAUUGGUCUGCUAAAAGGAUUUGGUUGUCUGAAGGUUCGUUGUAUCAUAUGAUUUCAUUCUUGGAACAGUUGAUUGAAAAUGACGCUUGGUCUUUGAUCAGUGGUGAAAUGGAAGCUAUUCUUAAGCAUGUCAUAUUGCCACCUUUACAAGCUACGGAUGAAACAGUGGAGUUGUAUGAGGAUGAUCCUGAAGAGUAUGUCAGAAGGUUCUUUGAUAUUAACAGAGAAAGCAACACUUCUGAUGUUGCCUCCAUCAGCUUUGUCUACCGAUUAUCGUCCAAGAAGUUUGCCGAAACCUCCAGUUUGAUUCUUGGUAUAAUAAGUGACAUUUUUGAUAGAAGAGCCAAGAACAGAAAUGAUGUUUCGAUAGCUAAAGAAGUUGAAGGGGCUCUUCGGGUGUUGGCCACGAUUUCCUACAAGUUGGACAAAAAACAGUCUCCUGUUCAUGGGCAAAUUGACCAGUUGAUAUAUGCCUAUGUCUAUCCAGAGUUAUCUGAAGAUUCAAUUGCCAAGGCUCCUUAUUUGACUGCAAGAGCCUGUGAUACCUUGGCAAUGUUCAUCUACACCUACCAAGAUACAAGUGUUUUGCAACAGAUUUUCACUGGUGUUAUCAAUUGCUUCCAAAAACACGAUCACCUUCCCAUCCGGUUAACUGCUGUUGACGCUUUGCGAACUUUGGUUGAUAACGAUGCCGUUGCUGAUCACAUUGCACCACAAGUGCCCCAGUUGAUGGGUUCUUUGAUUGAGAUGACCAAGACCUUUGAAAGUGAUACUCUAACCAGCGUGAUGGAAUCUUUUGUGGAGAAAUUUGCAUCGAGUCUUGAGCCUUAUGCUAAUGAUUUGUCGGCUAGAUUGACUGAACAAUUCUUAAGAACUGCCAAUGAGUUGUUGGAGAUGCAAUCGGGUAGUAACAGUGGGAACGUUGAUAUUGAUAAGGAAUACCAAGCUAGUGGAAUCUUGAAGACCAUCACCACCUUGGUUGUUGCUAUGUCGACUUCGCCAUCUGUUGCAUCCAGUUUGGAACAUGUGUUGAAAGACCUGGUGGUUUUUGUUAUUCAGAAUGCCCAGAUUGCAUUUUUACCUGAGGUUCUUGAAAUCUUGGAAAGUUUGAUCUUUGCCACCCAGAGAAUGUCUCCAUUAAUGUGGGAACUUUAUCAAGUUUGCAUGGACUCAUUUGAUACCUACGCAUAUGAAUUUUUUGAUAACUUUUCAACCUACUUUGAGUCGGUAAUAUUCUAUGGGUUCACCUCUGAGGAUGUGACCAUCGAAAACAAACAAGUUCAGUCCUUGAUCACAGUUUGUUUUGAAGUGUUACGGAGUGAGUUUGUAGAGCCCAUAUUCGCCCAUUCUGCAUUUGAAUUAUUGGAGUUGAUCAUUCUUGCUUUAAACCAAAGAUUCAAGCCUUUCUUAGUGACGUUUUUGCCAGAAAUCUUCCAAAUAUUCGACAACUUGAAGGCCCAAGAAGCCUUUGACGGCUACAUGUUGCACCAAUUAUCCAUCGCAAGAAUAUUUUUCGCUACUAGUUAUGUGGAUCCUAUCACUACUCUCCAAUUUUUGAAUGAAAAGCAGUUCACUCCCAGCUUCUUCAAAUUAUGGAUCGAGCAUUCUGACGACUUCCAAAGUGUUCACGGAUGUAAAUUGCAAAUCUUGAGUUGUAUCGCUUUCUUGUGUGAUGGAGAAUUAUCACUUAUCCAAGACCAAGACUUAAUCGGAGAAAUCACUGAUCUUUUGAUCUCAAACCUUGAAGUGUUACCCCACGCUAUCAAAACGAGACAGGAUAUUCAAUCAAAGGAGUACGGUGUGAGGCAAUUCCUCAAUGAAGACGAAGAUGGUGAGUACACCGGGGAAUAUUUGGCUGAUGAUUAUGAUGCCGAAGCUGAGUUGGAAGCUAUGAAGCAAACCCCCAUUGAUAAUAUCAAUGUCUAUGAGCUGUUUGUAACCAAGAUGCAAUUGUUGCAACAACAAAAGCCUCAGGCUUACCAAGAAAUUGUUGAGAGAUUUAGCGAUGACCAAAAGAUCAUUGUCAACAGGGUGUUUGAAACCUUCAAUAAGAUCCGUGCCCAAUCUUGAAGCCAGAAUACAUAGACAUUUUAGUAGCUAUAAAUCAAUAGUGUAAGGCUCCAUUUUG